CAACUUGGGAUGGUCCUUUAAUAGAGGGUGACUCAAAUCUGAAUGCACUAGCAGCUGCAUGUAUACCCAUGCAUGAAUGAUGAUGGAUGACAGUAACUACACUGAAAGUAAUCAGAGUAUUCAGCAAGAGCUGCAGAACACUCCAGCUGCAGGUUCUCUCAUGGCCACUGAUGCAGGAGCUACACCAGUAAAGCACAAGAGGAGAGGAUGGGCUAAGCAAAAUUGUUAUUACUUGACCCAUGCUUUGCUCUUCUUUGGAGCUGAUUUAGUCAACAUAGUGUCACUUAUUUUGUUUAUGACGGAUGCUAGCACCUACAACUCUACCGAUGGAGGAAAAUUGAACUUGUGUUCGAAAUCCUUCUUAUUUUCAGCUGAUGGUACCUGUAAUGGCAGUGAAUUGUCUUGCCAUGUUGUUGUAGGUGCAGAAUCAAUAGCUUCCCUGACUACUCUUGCAAUGUUUGUGAUGUACAUGGUCUGGGCGGUUAAAGGAGCAAAAAUUGUAUCUCGGUUCCGUGUCAUUGACCUGGCCGUGGUGUUUGCUCUGGCUCUACUUUCGUGCGCAGUCGGUAUUAUCUUGAGCUUGGGGAUUCUUCAGGAUACUCCCGUCCAAUGUGCUAAAAAGAAGUGCCCUCAAACCUGCAUUACUUUCCAGUCCAAUUUGGCUUAUACGGCUCGGUAUGUAUCAUUUGCUCUGGCUGCUUUCUACUUCCUCAUCUUUGUUUUGGGGAUGAUACCAAUAGUCAUUCGCUUCAUUUGCUGCAAUGAAGUCGGGCGUGCUACCAAUGAUGAAGCCACCCCCAUCCUCCCCGAUGCCAGUCGCCGCAAGACUCUUUCUUGACUGCAAUGUACUGAAUGUGUGUAUUAUAUUGAAUGCAGAACAACAUAUUACCUACAAAGCCAAUUGGCUAUAAUAUACUGAUUCAAUAUUCCUUUGAAAGCUGCACA